AUGAAUGCAACAUCGGAUAACAUCUGGUCACAACAAGGACCUCAAAAUGAGACUGUCGAACGCGACUUGUUCUCCGGCGUUAAUUGUGGGAUCAAUUUCGACAAGUAUGAAGAAAUACCGGUUGAGGCAACAGGCAGUGAUGUGCCACGCCCGUGCACAGUGUUCGACGAACUGCAGUUGCAUCCUUUGAUUCAGGAAAAUAUCAAGAAAUCAGGAUAUACGAAACCAACCCCAGUCCAAAAAUAUUCUAUUCCAAGUUUAUUGAGUUGCCGUGACCUGAUGUCUUGCGCACAGACCGGCUCAGGAAAAACUGCAGCUUUUCUAGUGCCAGUUAUCAAUCACAUCAUUCGAAAUGAGUCGACUACAAUGAGAAUGCCACAAGUCAUGAGCACCAGUCGUCGUACAGUAUUCCCAGUUGUGCUGAUAUUAUCACCAACUCGUGAACUGGCUAUGCAAACUCAUAAGGAAGCUUUGAAAUUUGCUUAUCGGACCAACGUUAUAUCUGCCGUACUUUAUGGUGGUCGUGAAAAUUAUCGUGAUCAAGUGCAAAAAUUAACGCUCGGAUGCCAUUUGCUCAUUGCCACACCGGGACGUUUGUUGGACGUGAUGAGUCAGAAUGUCGUCUCCCUUCAUGAUUGUAGGUUUUUGGUACUCGAUGAAGCAGAUCGAAUGCUUGAUAUGGGCUUUGAACCUCAAAUUCGGCAAAUUGUGGAGUGUCAUUCGAUGCCCAAAAAGGGUCAGCGCGUCACUGCAAUGUUUUCUGCUACAUUUCCAAAAGAAAUCCAGAUAUUGGCACAGGAUUUUCUUAUGGCAAAUUAUGUAUUUCUUGCUGUUGGCCGCGUCGGUUCAACAUCUGAAAAUAUUGUUCAAAAAAUUAUUUGGGUGGAAGAGCAUGAUAAGAAGCGUUUACUGAUGGAACUUCUCGAUAUUGAUGUGAACAGAGGACUUGCUUUAGUAUUCGUUGAAACGAAACGGGGCGCGAAUGAUUUGGCGUGGUAUCUUCAGCGCAAUAACUACAAUGUUAUGCCCAUCCAUGGUGAUCUUAAGCAAUACGAAAGAGAACGCCAUUUGGAAAUGUUCAGAUCCGGACAGACAAACAUAUUAGUUGCAACAGCUGUGGCAGCCAGAGGUCUUGAUAUUCCAAAUGUGAAGCAUGUGAUCAAUUUUGAUCUUCCCACUGAUAUUGACGAGUAUGUUCAUCGUAUUGGCCGUACAGGGCGUGCUGGAAAUAUUGGAUUAGCAACUUCAUUUUUCACGGAUCGAAAUCGUAAUAUAAGUCGCGAUUUGAUGGAUCUUUUGGUUGAAUCUAAUCAGGAAGUGCCGGAAUGGCUGGAGAAAAUGUCUAGGAAAAGCUACAGAAGCGCUUCUAAAUAUUACGAUAGGACGCCCGGAGGACGUUUUGGUGGACAUGAUCAUCGUUUAAAUACUGCAAGUAACUCAUUUUGUUACAACCGUCCUACACCUGUUAUGCAAGAGUUUGGGAAAGAAUCGAGUUCUUCCUGGUAUGAUCAAACACCAAGCAACUUUCAUUCAUCCUUCAAUCAUGGUGAUACUCGAAGUGCUUUUAUAAGCACAACGUCGGCUACUUUCCGGAGCAAUAUGUAUCAGGCUCCUCAGGCAGGUCGCAUUUAUCAACCACAUGGAGAUUCCUUUUCAUUCAUACCAUCUGUUCCAAUCAGUAGCAUUGACUAUUGGCGUGGCAUUGCUAGCACUUCGCAGAGUGGAGGGUUUUUUCGACCUGGUACUUCAGCUUAUGGCGUACCUUUUGGAACUCAGGCAUCACAGGCAGCUUUCGGUAAUUGGCAGCGUUGA